AUGAAUCCUCAUGGGUUUCCAAGUCGAAUGACAGUUGGAAAGAUGAUAGAGCUUCUUGGAGGGAAAGCAGGGGUUUCAUGUGGUAGAUUUCAUUAUGGCAGUGCUUUUGGGGAAGAAAGUGGCCAUGCUGACAAGGUUGAAACCAUAAGUGAAACUCUUGUGAAACACGGCUUCAACUACAGUGGGAAAGACUUCAUUUAUUCAGGUUUUCAUUUCACUUUAGAAUUCUUGGUUUUAUUGCAGAUGGAAGUAUUUUUUAAAUGA